GACUCGGUGGCUUUUGAGGAUGUGGCUGUGGACUUUACUCAGGAAGAGUGGGCAUUGCUAGAUCUUUCUCAGAGGCAACUCUACAGAGAUGUGAUGAUGGAAAUCUUCAGAAGCCUGGCCUCAGUAGCUUCUCGAAAAGUUAUUGAUGGAUGCAAGCUAUCCACUGAAAGUAUAACAGUACGAUUCAUGAAAAAUGACACCUGGUCCUUGAUGGUACGAGAAAUCUUCGAAUUGCCUGUCACUGAAGAUCAGGAUAACAACCAGAAAACACAUGUGAGCAGGCUGCCUAUUUUUAACAGAAGGCAUAUAAUAGAGAAACUAUGCGAAAGUAAUGAAGACAAUCAGACCUUCAGCCAGAUUCCAAAUCUUUCUGUGCUCAAAAGAACUCCUAUGGAAGCAUAUCCUUCUGAAUGCCUUAAGUGUGGACGAUCCUUGAUGAAUCAUUCAUCACUUAAGCAUCAUAUCAAAUCUCACUGUGGAUGCAGUGCCUAUCAGUGUAAGGAAUGUGGAGAAGCCUGCAGUUGUCCCUCUUACCUCAGCACUGCUGUGAGAACUCUUACUGGAGAGAAGCCGUAUGAAUGUAAGGAAUGUGGCAAAUCGUUUUGUCACUCCUCAGACCUCGGUAUACAUACAAGAACUCACAGUGGUGAGAGGCCUUAUGAAUGUAAGGAAUGUGGCAAAGCCUUUAGUCGGUCCUCAUACCUGACUUCACAUAGAAGAACACAUACUGGUGAGAGACCUUAUGAAUGUAAGGAAUGCUGUAAAGUCUUUAGUUGGUCCUCAGCCCUCACUGCACAUAUGAGAACUCACAGUGGUGAGAGGCCUUAUGAAUGUAAGGAAUGUGGCAAAUCGUUUUGUCACUCCUUAGACCUCAGUAUACAUACAAGAACUCACAGUGGUGAGAGGCCUUAUGAAUGUAAGGAAUGUGGCAAAGCGUUUAGUCAGUCUUAACACCUCACUUCACAUUUAAGAACUCACAGUGGUGAGAGGCCUUAUAAAUGUAAGGAAUGUGGCAAAGCGUUUAGUCAGUCUUCACACCUCACUUCACAUUUAAGAACUCACAGUGGUGAGAGGCCUUAUGAAUGUAAGGAAUGUGGCAAAACCUUUAUUCAGUCCUCACACCUCACUGCACAUAAGAGAAGUCACUGUGGAGAGAGACCUUAUGAAUGUAUGGAAUGUGGCAGAGCCUUUUUUCACUUCUUAGGCUUCACUAUACAUAUGAGAACUCACAGUGGUGAGAGGCCUUAUGAGUGUAACUAAUGUGGCAAAGCCUUUUAUCACUCCUCAGGCCUCACUGUACAUAUGAGAACUCACAGUGGUGAGAGGCCUUAUGAAUGUAAGACAUGCAGCAAAGCCUUUCGUCAGUCCUCACACCUCACUAGACAUGUAAGAGUUCGCAGUGGAGAAAGGCCUUCA